AGAUCUGGCUUCUGGAGACUUCUCCCAUCCUAAGGGGAAACUGCCCAGAAAGAGGACAUGGCUACUGAACAGAGGGAAGCAAGGUCUCAGCUGUCAGUGACGUUCGAAGAUGUGGCUGUGUUCUUUACGCGGGAUGAGUGGAGAAAGCUGGCUCCUUCGCAGAGAAACUUGUACCAAGAUGUGAUGCUGGAGAACUAUAGCAACUUGGUGUCAUUGGGACUCCUAUUUUCCAAACCUGAGGUGAUCUCCCUGUUGCAGCAAGGAGAAGAUCCCUGGAAGGUAGAGAAAGAAAGCCCUGGAGGCUCCUCUGUAGGAUGCAAGAGCAGUCCUAAAACCACAAAGUCAACUCAAACUCAAGACUCAUCAUUUUGGGGGCCAGUAAGGAAAAGACUCAAAAAAAAUGAACCCUGGAACUUGAUAUCAGAAAAAUCCUGCUUAUAUGAAGAUAGAAUAAAGAAACAGAAGGACAAAAAUGAAAGUUUACAAAUAAUUUCAGUCACCCAUACAAAGAUCCUCACUGUAGAAAGAAGCCAUAAAAAUAAUGACUUUGGCCAUAAUUUCAGCCUGAACUCAGUGUUUGUUAAGCAACAGAAGAUUGCUAGAGAAAAAACACCCUCAAAAUAUGAAAUACAAAGAAAUAGCUUCAGGCAGGAUUCAAAUUUACGUAACCAACCAAAAAUCAAGACAGCAGAAAAACGCUAUAAAUGUAACACUUGUGAAAAAGCCUUCAUUCACAAUUCAUCCCUUCGUAAACAUCAGAAAAACCAUACUGGAGAGAAAUUAUUUAAAUGUAAAGAAUGUUUGAAAGCCUUCAGCCAAAGUUCAGCUCUUAUUCAACAUCAAAGAACUCAUACUGGAGAGAAACCCUAUAUAUGUAAAGAAUGUGGAAAAGCCUUCAGCCAUAGUGCAUCCCUUUGUAAACACCUAAGAACCCAUACUGUGGAAAAAUCCUAUAGAUGUAAAGAAUGUGGUAAAUCCUUCAGCAGAAGGUCUACCCUUUUUAUACAUCAAAAAAUCCAUGCUCGAGAAAAUCCCCACAAAUACAACCCAGGAAGGAAGGCAUCCAGUUGUAGCACAUCCCCUUCUGGGUGUCAGAGAAUUCAUCUCAGAAAGAAGUCCUAUUUAUGUAAUGAAUGUGGCAACACCUUUAAGUCUAGUUCAUCUCUUCGUUAUCAUCAGAGAAUUCACACAGGUGAGAAACCUUUUAAAUGUAGUGAAUGUGGGAGAGCCUUCAGUCAGAGUGCAUCUCUUAUUCAACAUGAAAGAAUUCACACUGGAGAAAAGCCUUAUAGAUGUAAUGAAUGUGGAAAAGGUUUCACUUCUAUUUCACGACUUAACAGACACCGAAUAAUUCAUACUGGAGAGAAAUUGUAUAAUUGUAAUGAAUGUGGUAAAGCCUUAAGUUCCCACUCGACACUCAUUAUUCAUGAGCGAAUUCAUACUGGAGAGAAACCAUGUAAGUGUAAAGUGUGUGGGAAAGCCUUCAGACAAAGUUCAGCUCUCAUUCAACAUCAGAGAAUGCAUACCGGAGAAAGACCCUAUAAAUGUAAUGAGUGUGGGAAAACAUUCAGGUGUAACUCAUCCCUUAGUAAUCACCAGAGAAUUCAUACAGGAGAGAAACCAUAUCGAUGUCUGGAAUGUGGGAUAUCCUUUGGCCAAAGUGCAGCUCUUAUUCAACAUCAAAGAAUUCAUACAGGAGAAAAACCCUUUGCAUGUAAUACAUGUGGGAAAACUUUUAGGCAGAGCUCAUCACUUAUUGCGCAUCAAAGAAUUCAUACUGGAGAGAAACCCUAUGAAUGUAAUGCAUGUGGGAAACUCUUCAGCCAGAGGUCAUCCCUUACUAACCAUUAUAAAAUUCACAUUGAAGAGAACUCCUUCAAAGUGGAUUUGCAUGUGUGAAAUCCUUAAACCAAAGCUUAUUAGAAUACA